GGCGAAUAGCGCAUCGCGUGUUUAAUUUUGAUUUACUGUUUAGCUAAUUCAUGUUAAUUAAUUGCCCUCAGAAUAGUUAUUCCUGCCGUGCCUAGUGCGUUUUCAAUAUCGUGUAUUAGCUGAAGUCAAGCCAUGUCGUCCGACAAUAUUGAAAAACUGUAUCAAAAUUACGGUAUUUUGGCCGACGCCAAAGAAGACAUCUCCAAACAUGAAAAAGAGUACACGGAAAUUUUAGCCGCUGUGAAAGGUUCAGAUAAAGAGAAAAGAUUAGCGUCACAAUUCAUUGCGAAAUUCUUCAACAGCUUUCCUAACCUCGCAGAGCAAGCUAUAGAAGCUCAAUUUGACCUCUGCGAAGACGAUGAUGUGGCUAUACGCAAACAAGCCAUUAAAGAUUUGCCCACACUUUGCAAAGACCAUAAAGAGCACACUCAAAGAAUUGCCGAUAUCUUGGCACAACUCCUUCAAUCUGACGAUGCUACGGAGAUCAAUAUCGUCCAUAAUUCUUUGGUAACAAUAGUGAAGAGUGACCCUAAAGGUGCCUUAGUGGGACUCUUUUCCCAAAUACACCAGAAUACUGAAACAGAGGUGGUGAAUGAAAUCGUCCGAGAGAGAUGCAUCAAAUUUUUGGCCACAAAAGUGAAACAGCUUGGAAGGGAGAUUAUAAACAAAGAAGUUGAAGAAAUUAUUAUUACAGAAUGCAAGAAAAUACUUGAGGAUGUGGUGGCAGAAGAGUUUGAACACAUCAUGGAUCUCUUGACAUGGUCAAGGCUUGGUAAAACCCCAGCAGGCAAGAAGGAGCUGGUGCAAAUUGUGGCGGCAUUAGCCUUUUCCCCUGAUGAUUGGCACCCUGAAGAUACAGAACAUGUUGAAAGAAUCAUACAAUGUACUCAGCAUGCAUUGCCACUGUUCUCGCCUCAAGUGGAUUCGACACAGUUUGUGAACUUCUUCUGUGACUAUGUGCUACCGAAGUGGAAUGAAAUAGCUUCACCGGAAGGAGGGUCUGACUACAAGCUGGAGCUAUUGAAGAUAUUUGCUGAAAUUACUGAACAUUGUGGAGAUCUGGAGAAGCCCCAGAAGAUUGAUGCAGUUCAUGACUUGCUUGUUAACUAUUUACCUGAAGCGCCAGUUGAAGAAGAAAAGACAGAUACAGAUAAAUCAGACAGUUCCGCGACCCAACCUGAAGACAGCAAGCCUACCCCGUCACUCCAAUUCUCUCAUGUGGAGUGUGCCUUGUUCGCCCUUCACUCUCUAUGCCGGAAAGCACCAGAGGCACUCGGCGCUGAUGCGGCGAGGCUAAAGGCGCUUCGCUUGCGUCUACAAUAUACAGCACGCUUAACUCAAGGAUACAUCAAAAAGUUGAAGGAAGUUACUAAGGAUAAGAAAGGAGAUGACGCUAAUUCUGAAGAAAAUAAGCUCAAGGUUGUAGCGUUGAAGACUACGUCCAACAUCAAUACAUUGAUCCGCGACAUAUUCAGAUCCCCGCCGAGCUUCAAGAGCAGAGUGCAACUUUCCUUUUUGUCUAAAAAGACUGAAAAAGAGGUAAAUAAAAAAAACUUAUACACCCCGGCAGACAAACAGUCACCACCUAAAAGACAUAGACCAAUCACGUUCGACAACGGUGAAGAAAAAUCGUCACCGGAGAAGCGGGCGCGCAGCGGCGAACGAAGCCAAAAGAUGUACACGCCUCCGUCUGGCAAAUACAGCUCCCGCCUCAACAGCGGGCGCUUUCAGGGCACACCCCGGGGCCGCGGCGGCUACGGCCGGCGCGAUUUCAGGAGCAAUGGCGCGCCUUUCAGAAAGCGCAGCAAUUAUUAAAACCGAAUACUGACC